GCGCGGCGGCGGUGGCCGCGGCCCGCGCGCACAGGAGGGCGCUGGGGGCGGUCGCAGCCGUCGGCCUGGCUCUCGGCGGCCUCGCCUCCGCCGCCUUCGUGGCCGCGGCGCCGCCGCGGGGCGGCCGGGAUCGAAGCGAGCAACGCCAUGGGCUUGCCCGGAACUUUUUCUCAGGAUUCGGAGCGCAGACCACAAGCGCAAGUGGCGAGCUGGCCUACGACUACUGGUCGGCGGCGUACCCCAAGGCCGCUGCGGAGGGGGUCUUCCUGGGGGACACGACCGACAAAGGCACGA